AUGUCCGACGAUACCGGCGCAUCCCCGGCUCAUCCGACUGCGCCGUCUUCACAGUUCACCUAUCGCGACUUGCAGUUUUUGUCACAAUCUUCGCCAGAAUCACCCCUACGGGUAGUCGCGCUGGUUGACUACGACUCCUUCUACGCCCAGUAUGAAACACUCAGGCUUGGUCUGCCCCCUUCCAAACCCCUGGCGGUCCGCCAGUGGAACGCCAUCAUCGCGCUGAACUACGCGGCAAAGGAACGGGGUGUCAAGAGGAUCAUGUCUGCCGAUGAGGCACGCCGCAUUUGCCCAGAUAUCGUGCUUCAACAUGUUCCUACUUGGAGGGAGGGCGACGAUCGCUGGAGGUACAGGGAUGAUGUGCUGGACCAUCUGAAGACGGAUAAAGCCUCCCUUGAUCCCUACCGCGGUGUGUCGCGUAAGACCAUGCAUCUCGUCAGGAAGCUCCUACCAGCCAAGCCUGCUCCGACGAUUGAGAGGGCUGGCGUGGAUGAGUUUUACCUCGAUUUAUCAGCUCAAGUCCACCGAACGAUCCUGACGAUGUUCUCGACUGGGACGACGUAG